AUAUUACAUGUAGUUUUCCGUAUUAAACGGUGUUACAGGCUGUAUUUUCUGAUACAGUGAAAACAACUACCGUUAGCAAAUUCAAAAUGUUCCGUAGAAGAUUUGUUCUUUUUCUCAUCUGUCUAUCAGUUAGAAUUGGCGUAAAGGCAUCCUGUAUCAGCGAAGAUCUACUUCGAACAUUAUUGGCUACAAAAGGGUCAUGUAAACCAGGCUACAAUGAAAACGCUGCAUUUCAUGCAUACGUAGCACGUCACACUCCUUUUAGUGGAAAUGACAUCCUGAAAUUUGACGAUGUCCAUACAAACAUAGGGAACAACUACGACCCUUCAACAGGCAAGUUCACAGCGCCAAAAACAGGAUUGUACCAGAUAGCAUGUACCAUACAAGGAUAUCAGACGUCUGCUGUAACCUUCCAAAUACAGAAAAAUAAUGAAAGAUAUGAUUAUGGUUAUGCAGGAGGUCGGGACUGGCAUGCUGUAACUCGUGUUCUACUGAUGCAGCUAAAGGAGGGAGAUAAAGUGUUCGUACAGCACAGAGAUCCAAAGAGAAAAGAGACUGUUGCUGGAGGUCGCCAUUCAUAUUUUUCUGGACGUUUUUUGCAAUCAAAUUCAAUUUGAUAUGAAAUUUAUCAAUAAUAAAUACAUCCUUAUUUCUUUUUAA